UUAUUAUUCCAUUUGUGUUCAACACACACCACCAUACCGCCUAUAAAUACCAAACACUAGUUCAUUUCUCAGUUUCUGUCAAAUCCACCAUUCCCAUUCUCUCUCGAAACGCUUCUCACAGAGAGUAACCGCCAUGGAAAUUCCAAAUCUCACCACCUUCUAGACAACACUGAAACUCUCUUCCUCCUCAACGAAACCCUAACCGCCACCAUGUCCGACACAUUCUGCUCCGACUGCAAGCGCCAGACGGAGGUGGUCUUCGAUCACUCAGCCGGCGACACAGUCUGCUCCGAAUGCGGCCUCGUCCUCGAGUCUCACUCCAUUGAUGAAACCUCCGAGUGGCGAACGUUCGCAAACGAGGCCGGCGAUAACGACCCUGUUCGUGUUGGAGGGCCCUCUAACCCGCUUCUCACUGACGGUGGCCUCUCCACUGUUAUUGCUAAGACCAACGGCUCCUCCGGUGAGUUCCUCUCGGCUUCCCUCGGCCGCUGGCAGAAUCGCGGUUCGAACCCUGAUCGCGGUCUUAUCAUGGCGUUUAAGACCAUUGCUACCAUGUCUGAUAGGUUGGGACUCGUUGCGACGAUCAAGGAUCGGGCUAAUGAGAUAUAUAAGCGGGUUGAAGAUCAGAAGUCUAGCAGAGGAAGAAAUCAGGACGCAUUAUUGGCUGCUUGCCUCUACAUAGCUUGUCGACAAGAAGACAAGCCACGCACUGUAAAGGAGAUUUGCUCUGUUGCCAAUGGAGCCACCAAGAAGGAAAUUGGCCGAGCAAAAGAGUACAUAGUGAAACAACUGGGUUUGGAGAACGGUCAAUCUGUAGAGAUGGGAACAAUACAUGCUGGGGACUUUAUGAGGCGAUUUUGUUCUAAUCUUGGUAUGAAUAAUCAAGCUGUUAAAGCUGCUCAGGAAGCUGUUCAGAAAUCAGAAGAAUUUGAUAUAAGGAGGAGUCCCAUAUCAAUUGCUGCAGCUGUUAUAUACAUCAUAACUCAACUUUCGGAUGAUAAAAAACCUCUCAAAGAUAUAUCAGUAGCCACAGGAGUUGCAGAAGGAACCAUUAGGAACUCAUACAAGGAUCUUUACCCCCAUGUUUCGAAAAUAAUACCAAACUGGUAUGCAAAAGAAGAGGAUUUAAAGAACCUUUGCAGCCCUUGAAGCAAAACAGUUGCAGCCAUAUUCAAUAACCUAGAUGCCAUUGAAACAUGUUGUUUCUGAUGUACUGAACUGUUGCAUACUUUUGUUUGACAUAGCGAAUAUGAAAAAUUCCUUUGUAGUUAACUGCACUAUUCAUUUGGGCUCACCCUCCCGAUUUAACUAGUUUAGGGGAGAGGCACUACAUUCAUACUUAAAAUUUGCUCGACCUGAUGAAAGUAAAACAGAUUUUGUUGACAA